UAAGCCAACCGACCCAACAGAGUAAAGAAACACACAUGUCGCUGGAGAACAAACAAAAAGAGGAAGAGGAACAAAAAAAGCGUGAAAUGCUGGAAAAAGAAAGAAAGGAAGAGGACGCACGAAAAAAUCGUGAAUUACUGGAGCAACAUAAAAGAGAAGAGGAAGAAAAACAGCGUUCUCUGGAAAUACAACAAAGGGAACAAGAAGAACGUGAAGCGUAUCGUCAACAGGUUUGGAAUCGGUAUGACAUCAAAAAGCUGGUUAAAUUGAAUAGUUUCACCACUAUAUAUCGGGGAUUGGGGGUGAAUGUACCACCAUGGCUCAAUAUAGAACAAGUUAGGAAACUUUACAAAACAAUAUCCCUCGAGUGGCAUCCUGAUAAAACCUUCAACUUGCCAGUACGGGAACAAGAUGAAACAGCAGUGAAACUACGGGUUCUUAAUCGUGUGAAAUACAGAUUGUAUGACCCAGAUAUUCUCCCUUGAUACUGAGAAUUUAGAGAGAGUUUUUAAGAUGCCAGAAGAAAAUCCGUAGCAGGAAGCGGAAAAAGCUGAAGCUGUAGCUGUAAUUGAAGUAGACGACCAAGUUUUGAAGAAACAAAGACAGAGGCAGAUGCUGAUGGUAAUUGGCUUAAAUUCCUGGAGUGUUAUGUUUCUUGUUUUCUUGUUGGCUUUUAUGUUCCAGUGUUAUGAGCUCAAACAACAUUUUUCAUAUGCAACAACUUAACUAGAGUACAUGUUUCAAAACAAACUAAAGCACGCUGCUAAAUUGUUAGUCACAGAUGAUACAUGUACUCCAGCUUAAUCUACAUUCUCAAUCUUCAAACGAACAAAUCACAAUCCUAAAAUUCCCAAUUGUUACAUAAGAUUCUAAUUCUACCAAUUCAAUAUAAACUCCAAGUUAAUGAUCAAUGCAAGUUAUGCAACCAAACAGACACUUUGGGUUAAUUACACAAACACUUGGUAUACAAAAAACUGGCACUCCCCAUUUGCAGAAAAGUAAACCCAAUACAACAAAUUGAAGAAAAAUCACAGCAGAAUUAAUUAUAAAGCCAAGUGAAUAUCUUUGAAUGAUUGCCAUUUUUGAGCUGUUAAAGCCAAGCGAAUGAGGUUCCAUUUUCAAUAGCAGAGAAAAUGGGCUUAAGUGGCUCAAUUUUAACUUUUUCGCUGAUUUCUCUCUUUAAAACUCGACCUUGAGAAGAACCCAACUCCAAUUGCUCAUCA